CCAAUUUAUUAACGAAAAAAUUAUUGGAUAAAGAAAAUGAAAUUGAUAAAACAUCAUCAAUAACAACAAUGAUGGCAACAACAAAUGAUUUGAAUGAACAAAUAACAGCUGCCAUAUCACCAUCAGCUGCACCAUUAUCAAAUGUUGAUAUUAAUGUUAAUGGUGAUGAAACAAAACAAAAUUCAACUAAAUCCUGUGAUGAUAAUAAUUUUUACAACAACAACAACAAUGAUGAUGAUGAAAAUGAAACAAAACAAAUAAAUGAUCAAAACAUUGAUCCUUCCGAAGAAAUCGGUGACAAAACAAUUAAAAAUGAUGAUAAUAAUGAACAGCAACAACAAGAUGAUAAUGAUGAUGAUCAUAAAAUGGACAAUGAUUUACCUAAAGAUGAAGUUGAAAAUGAUCCAAAUUUUGCCAUAAUUUGUUCAUUUAUGGAAAAAUUUGGUCAUCAUUUAGAUCUAAAAUAUUCAAUCAAACAUUUAAAAACAAUAUUUGAAGAUUAUAAUAAAGUUCGUCCCGAUUUAAUCGAUUUACAUAUAAAACUUUUACGUAAACGACGAAAAUAUAUUAAUAAAGAAAAAUGGGAAAAAGCAUUGAUGCGUUUCUGUGCAGAAUAUUCAAAUAUUGAUGCCUGGAAUUUAGAACAAUUUGGUUAUAAUAAUGCAGAUCUUUCAUUACGAUUAAGAAUUUUUUUACGUUUAUUAGAAGCAAUGUUUGAUUUUAAUCAAAAAUUUAAAAGUGAAUUAAAUUCCACAAUGGAAACAUCAUCAUUACGUAUACCGGCUAUUGGUCGUGAUCUUAUUGGUUAUACAUAUUGGUAUCAAUUAGAUUCGGAUCUUAAUUUUCGUCUAUAUAAAGAUGAACCUGAUGAAGAUAAUUCCUGGUCAUUAGUUUCUAAAAAUCUUACCGAAUUAAAUGAUUGUAUACAGGAUUUAGAAAAACAAAGUAUUGAUGAUUUCAAACAAAUGUCUACACCUGCAAGUGAAGAAAGUAUUAGUAAUCCUGCUUCUUGUCAGAUUCCAGCUAAAAUCAUAAAUGAUCAAGAUGAUGAUGAAAAAGAUGAAAAAAUUAACCAAAAACAACAAUUCGACCAUGAUGAUGAUGAACAAGAAAAACCAGCCACUCCACCAAGUGUUAAAAUAGAAGAACAACAGUCUGAUGAACAACAAUUGCCAUCAUCACCGGCCAAAUUAGUAAUCAAAACUGAAAACAUUGAUUAUGAUAAACCGAUUGAUGGCCAAAAUGAAUCCAAAAAUCAUAAUGAUGUGCAAUCAGAAAAUUUCAUUUCAACAAAUGAUAAAGAAAUUGAAUCAAUUUGUGAAUCCAUUUUAGAUAAAAUUGAAAAAGAAAAUAAUGACUAUGAAGAUGAUGGUGAUGGUGAUGACGAUGAUGAUGAACAACAGCAGCAACAUGAAACAACCAAGUCAAGCAAUAGAGGUGGUUAUCGCGGUGGUGGUCGUCGUCGUCGUGGUAAACGUCGUGGAGGCCGAUGGUCAAAUAAUCGUCGAAAAACAACUGCAACAACAUCGACUAUCAAAGAUGAAGAUGAAAAAAUGGAUAUUGAAACAGUCAAUAACAAAGAAAAUUCUAAUGAAUUACAACAAAAUAAUGAUGACAAUAAUGUUGAUGAAGAAUCGAAACCGGUGGUGGUGAAAAAACAGGCUGGUCGAAAACGUCGUAAUGAAUUGGAUAAACUUAAAGAAGAUUUUGCCGAAGGAUUACAAGCUAAACGUUGUUCACGACGAAUACAAGCAUUACAUGAAAAGAAAUUAAUUGAAAUGGAAGAAGAACAAAAACGGAUGGAAAAAGAAUUGCUGGAAAAACGUCGAAAAAAAGAAGCAGCGAUGGCAGCAAAAGCAGCAGCUUUAUUAGCCGCACAAUUUGCUUGUGAUAAAUCAAAUGAUCCAAAUGAUGAUGAUGAUAGCGAUAAUAGUAAUGAUAGUGAUGAUGAUGAUGAUGAAGAUCAAAGUAGACAAUCGAAAAAACGAGGAAGACGAAAGAAAAAAGCAACGAGUGAUGAUGAUUAUCAAAAAGAAUCCGGUGAUGAUGAAAAAAAGAAAAAGAAACGUAAACGAAGAAAAAAAGGUGGUCGUAAAGGUGCAACUCCAUGGGAAGAUGAAUCCGAUGAUUCAGAUGAAAAACGUGCCGAACAUACUUUUGAUGAUGAUUAUUAUGAGGAUUAUAUGCAUGAUGAUGAUGAUGAACAGCUUCGAUUUGAUGAUAAUGAAAAUCAGGAAGAUGAAUUUGCUUGUGAAGAAAUUGAUCCAGAAGAUGAACCAGUUGUUAUACGACGUGCACGUACAGUAAAAAAAUCCAAAGAUGAUUGCAAUGAUAAUGUUGAAUUUCUUGAAAAUUAUGUCAAUGAUGAUAAACCAUGUGGAAAAUGUGGUAAAUAUGAUAAUCCACAUUGGAUUCUUCUUUGUGAUAAAUGUGAUGAUGGAUAUCAUACCUCUUGUCUUCGACCUCCAUUAUUUUUGAUACCAACGGGUGAAUGGUUUUGUCCACCUUGUGAACAUAAAUUUUUGAUUGAAAAACUUCGCGUUGAAUAUCAACGUUUAACCGAAGAAAUUGAACAACGUGCUAUUGAAAAACAAAAACUACGAAAACGUUGGCGUUAUGGUCAUUGUGAAAUUAGUGCCGAUAAUAUUCUUGAAGAAGGUGAACAAAUCAAUUUGGGUGAAAAUGGUGGUGAAUUAGUUAUUGAUCAAGAUCAACAACAACAAUACGAUGAUGGUGGCGAUGAUGAUAUUGAAAAGAAAAAGGCAAAAGCACAACAUCGUAAAGGUGUUCGUAGACGACGACCAAAUGGAUAUGCUCGAUCAGAUGAAAUUGCUGAUCUUCUUUAUUCGAAUGAUGAAGAUUCACGUGGUUUUAUCGACAAUGAUAAUGAUGGCGAUGAUAAUGGCAGAGAAAAGGAAAAAAGACGAACAGAAUCGGCAAAUCGGAAACGAAAAUAUAGAGAAUAUAGUGAUAGUGAUGAUGAUUCUUCGGGAGAAGACGAAGAAGAUUCAGAAGUUGAUGAUUUUGUUAGCGAUUCUGAAGAUGAAGUUGCCAAAUGUAUCGAUAAAUAUGAUGAUGAAGAUGAAUAUCGUCAUCGAGAAAAGAAAAAGAAACACCGUCAUCGGGAAAAACAUAUUGAUAUAAAUGAUUUUUCUCGUUCUGGAUUGAAAUUACGUUCAGCACGAAAACGAAAACCAAUAAGUUAUUUAUUUAAAGAAUAUGAUAAUCUUAUCAAAUCAGCCAUACUUCAGGAAGAAGAUGAAGCUGAAGGUUAUGAUUACGGUGAUGGUGAUGGUGAUGCUGGUUCUGAUGAUGCAACCUAUCCACGUAGUAAAGGAAAAGAUAUCAAUAAUAUUCUUGAACAAGCAGAUACAGAAAUGCCAGAUUUCAGUAUUAAUCCAUUUGAAAAGGACACAACUGAUAGCGGUCAUCAUGAUGAUGAUAUUAAAUCUGAAAGUAAUAUUAAUGAUACAAAAGAUUCGACCGUUGUCAAACCGAUAUCCGAUAAAGCUAGCAAAGAUAAUGACGACGACGACGAUGAUGAAAUUACUGAACAGCGGAAAAAAUCUAACGCUAAUCGAAAGCAACAAAAGAAAAAGAAAAGUCUGACCAAUCUUGAUUUUUCGGAUGAAGAUGAUGAUGAAGAUCAUGCAUCAGAUGAAGAUUUUAAUAUGGCUGAUGAUGAUGAAAUGGAUGAAGAAUUGACCGAAGUAGAGGAUGAUGAUAAUCAGGAAACUGAACUAUCUGAAUCAGAUUCCGAACCAUCAAGUCGUCGUCGACGAUCUUCACGUAUACAGCGAAAUUAUUCAUUUAAAUCGGAUCGAAAAAGAAAAAAGAGUCAUAAUAAAAAGAAAAGAAUACAGAAAAAAUCUGGAAGAAGAUUUCUAAUUGAUGAUUCCGAUGAUGAAGACGAGAAUGAUAAUGAUUUAACAUCUGAAGAAGAAGAAGAUGAUGAUGAUGAGCUUAGCAAUAGCGGUUCAUAUUCGGAUCAAAGCUCGGAUUAUGCACCACGUACUCGACGUGCUGCCCAAAAAAGUAAACGUAUAAGUUAUCGAGAAGAUAGUAGUACUGCUGAUGAUGAUGAUGAUUAUGGGGCUAUUGAUGAUUUACCAUCAACAACAACAACAAAGAAAAAAGAUAAAUAUCAAGAAGAUGAAGAUUAUAACGACGAAGAUGAUGAUGAUGAUGAGAUAAAUCUUAAGGCAUCAAAUAAAUCGGUUCCCAAACUAACAGCAACGACAAUAACUCCAACCGAACCGAAUCCCAAACUUAAACCAAACAUUCAAACAUAUAGCCGUGAAUGUCGUGAUGAAAAUCUUGUAAAUAAUAAACGAAAAAAACAGCUCAUCAUUUCGGAUGAUGAUAAUGAUGAUGUUGAUGAAAACGAUGGUGAUAAACAUCAUCAACAUGAAAUUUCCGAAGAAGAUGUGUCCAAUAAAACAACGAAAAAAACUAAAAUAGAUGAUAAUCAAUCACAACCACCACUUACUAGUGUUGUUGAUAAUGAUGAUGGACAGAAUAAAUCAAAUAAUAAAGAUGAAACGGCCAUAGUUGAAAAAGAAUCAAAAUUUUCAACAGCAUCUUCCAUCGAUUCUAAUCAACCAUCAAUAGCACAAAUAGUUCCUCCCGAAACAAUGACAACGCCGAUAAUUCCAAUAAAAACAGAUCCACUAGUUUCAAUACAAAAAAUGAAUUCAAAAUUUGCUAUCGAUGUAAAUCCAUCGGUGCAGCCAAAAUCAUCAUCCAUACCAUCAAGUAGUGAACCACCAACAUCGGUUCCAAUUUCCUAUUCACAUCCACAGCAGCAUUAUCAGCAACCGCCACCACCAAUACGACCUACAUAUCAUCAAUCUGUUGCUGCGAAUACUCCUGUAUCUGGUCAUUAUGUUCCACCACCGCCUGUAUAUCCUUCUCAAGUACCUUCUUCACAUGAAUAUCCAUCUCCACCUCAACAGUAUUUAGCACGUCCACCACCACCACAAUCUUAUCAAUAUCCGCCACAUCCUCAAUCAUCAAUACGAUCAAAUUUGCCUCCACCACAUCCACAUGCUCAUCAAUAUUAUUCACCAUCAUCUUCUAUACGAUAUCCUUCGGUUGUUUCAACAGCUUCUCCAGGUCGACUUGGUGGUGAUGGAAAAGAUGAUCCUAAUUAUACACUUACUAAUUUGGAUUCAUACAGCGGUCCAGCUCCACCUAAAACACAAAGCUAUCUUCCACAAAAUUAUCCGUCACGACCACCACCAAAUUUUGUGCCAGUUUCUUCUGCUGCAGCAGCACCAGUUGGACAGCCACAAACAUCACCCAAUCGAUCUCCUCCACCUAAAAUUCUCAAUCUUGAUUCACCAAGAAAUCCUUAUCCUACAAAUAAACAUCAACCAGGACCACCACCUCCCACACAUCAUUAUUAUCAACCUGGCCAUCAUGCUUAUGAUCAUAAUCUUAUUCCACCACAUUCACAUCCAGAUUAUUACCAAUCGCAUCAUCAUGUACGGCCACAAGGUGGACCCCCACCACCGCCGCCGCACGGUUAUUAUGGUGGCCCAAUUCAUCCACAUGGUCCUCCUUUACAACGUAUGCCACCGCAUGUUGGUCCACCUUAUCCUCAACAAGGACCGCCACCACCAUCUCUACAUUAUAUGUCUCCACGAAAUGUAUCGCCACGACAGCAAACACCUUCACCUUCAUCACUAGUUUAUCCACCACAAGCACCGAAUUCGAAUAACUUGCCUCAAUCAUCGGCUUCUACUUCAUCGCCAACAGCGAUCAGGCCACCAUAUCCAUCAUCUGGUCCUUAUCCAUAUCCAGGACAACCACAUGGAUAUCCUCCUCAUCCAGCACCCUAUCCUCAUCCACAUCAUCCUCCGUAUUCGGUAGCAGCAUCUAAUGGUGGUUUUAUGAUACAAAAUCUUCUGCAUAAUCCUCCACCAGCAGUUCCUACGUUACCAAUUCCGGCCACAAUGGCAAUGACAAAUACAACUGCUUCUGCAACGAAGCCAGUAUGUGCGAUUAAAUCUAGCCCAAAAGCUUCAAAAUCGAGCGCUAAAGCAAAAAAAUCUUCAACCGUUGCUGCUAUUGAUUCAGCCCUCAUACCGCCAACAUCCGCUAAACAAAUUCCUAGUAAAGUAACCAAAAGUCGUAAAAAAUCCAACGAUACGAAAAAGAUUGAUACAGCGAGCAGCUAAAGCAAUUUUUGAUUUCAUUAUGGUUCUGGAUCUUUGUACUCUUGAUUCUCAAUUUCUUAAA